AUCCACGACAACUGUGCCUGCACCACGCCUGACAUUGCCCUCUGCCUCUCAAAAUCACAGUUGUUCCAUCUCCCACUUCGUUUGCUCCACGUCACUUGUGCCUUCCCGAACUCAUGCCUCGACCAAAGACUACCGCAUCUCGUGCGCGCUUGGACGAGUGGGAGUUGCAUAGAAGAGAACUCUCCCGUCUUUUCGUGGUGGAAGGACUACCGGUCGCCGCAAUUGCCAAACACAUGAAAAACGAGCGCGGUUUUGACAAAAGGCCAAAGGACUAUGAGUACCGCCUUAAGAAGUGGAAUCUCCGCCGCAACCUCCAUGGACCAGAGUUGAUGUCUAUUCAGAGCCAACUGUCCCGCAGGAAAGAGGCUGGUCUAUCUAGCGAAAUUGUCGUAUCAGGCAUCAGAUGGUCCGAGUCCAUGGUUCGUGGGAGGCUUGAGCGGCAUAAGUCCCCAUGGCACUCCAUUGACGUAUCCGCAUUUCAUAAACUCCCGGACUUCCUUGCUCGUGUCCAGACCCCGUCUCCACUGAUGAUGGGCCUCCCUGAAUGGCCCAACAACUUACCAUGGCUCCAGUUCAAUCGGUCCAUUCACGAAGCUCUAGCCAGCCUCACGAAGUCCACAACAGCUAGCCGAACGUGCCGUCUCCAUGGAGAAGAGUCGCUAUUGAUUCAGAUGAUGCGUCCCUACGUUACCAAACUAUGCCCAAAGAGAACAGAACCUCUGGAAGUUGCUGAGAUCCACGCCCCGCGCAGAAUGCGGGCUAUGCUGGAAGUGACUGUCCCCCAAGCUCAUGCAGGUGAUCACGAGACCACUGCCGAGAUCCUUCACAAUGGCUCCUACGAAUCACGCGCUGUCGAACUAGUCCGCUUGCUCAUUUACUUGGAAUCCAACAACAUGAUCGACCAAUUUGAACAACUUCUAGGUUAUCACGUCAACUUGGCAAUCUCUUCGAACAUGAUGGACUUCCUCAGAGGGAUUGGCUUUCUGACCAAGUCGAAUAUCAAUUGGUUGCGAGGUCGUGCCGCUGUGACUGGCCAGAUAUUUCUUAAACGGGUCCUGGCCCAUUCAAUCCUUGACGAAAACAGCAUCGAUGUACUUGGAUGGUUGAUACCUGACAUUUUCGAUGUCAACCAACGCUGGGAGACCGCCGGUGUCCAGCCGCUGGGAAAGCACCAGUCAUUGUAUAGGAACGGACUUACUCUGCUCCAAGCCUCAUGCUUGGCAGAAAAUCUCAACGCAGUCAGACUCCUCCUGAACCUUGGUGUAGACCCGUUUGGCACCAUCGCUUCACCAGAAGAGGCACCUGUCAAGCUCGCAGCAGACCUUGCAUGUCAGGAUCGUGCAACAGCGAUCGCAAACCUGCUGUUGUCCACGAAGUCGAGAAUCUCAGCAGAGAUUCGGAAGGAAGCGCUGCGGUGUGCGCUCCAGCAGGCAAUAGCACGCUCCCACAGAGAACUCAUCAAGAUGCUACUCUCGGAAAGUGAGCGACUAGGUGAUGGGGCUGUCUGCUCGGAGGAUUUCACCAUCGCUGCGAAGCGUGCAGAUUGUGCGACCAUGUGUCUGCUUAUUGACAACGCUUCACGCCAUGCUGGCGGGCCUGUUCAUCUUCCUGAAGACAUUUUAUUCUCAGUCAUGUCCGUUACCGGUCAACGAAUCCACACAAUAACUCGUGCCGAUCAGAUAGUCGAAGUGUUAAGCUAUCUGCUGGAUCUUGGCGUCAACCCAAGUGCACCAAGAUGUAAACAUGAUUGUAUUGGGAGUUUUUGUAUAGAAUUUCUGAUAUUUUUGGAGAUACCAGGAGUCGAGAAUUGGAGGAAUGACACCAAACUAGGAGAGGAUCGCGUUUUGAAGAUGAUAGAGGCCAUGCGGAAACAUGGCUGUCCGCAAGAGAGACCACUUGCAAGCACCGCAUCAACUGGAAAAGACAGACCAUCAUCUCUUCAAGCGGCCAUAAGUCUCGGUUACACUCGAUUAGUUGAAUACCUUCUCGACUGGGGGGCCGACAUCGACUUUGUCAAAGACGAGUCCAGAUCAACAACACCCACAUAUAAGGAUUGCCAAUUUGAGAAGGCGUUCUCAUUCCUACACAUCCGCGGGUGCUCACCACUCCUCACAGCAUUGGAAUAUGGACAGGGAAGUAUCGCGAAGAUGCUCUUGAGGCGGAAGCCCAAUCUGAAGCUUCAUGGGGGCGAGAUCUUGCUCGCAAUACAGAGGUGUGAUGACCCUGAGCUGGUGGCCAUACUAUCCCUGGAUCCGGGUGGAACAGCGACCGACGAUCAGUGGAAAAGCUUGCUUGAAGAAGCCGUUUUGAUGCGGAGGCCCAACUUGAUCAAGUUCCUAUUACCCAUGAACGCGGAUGGCCGUACAAAGAUCAGCCCAGCAACAAUUAUGCGGGCCGCGUUGGUGAUUGGAGACUAUGACAAAGCCUACCGACUGACGACAGUGUGCGACUAUGACUCUCGAACAUUGUUUGAAGCCGUGCUGCAGUCACAAAAGGUCAAGAGGUAUUAUGCUAUCGUGGAGCGCCUUCUGCAGAUGCGACCAAACGCACGGAAUGAUGGCUUUGAGAUUCGGGCGGUGGCUUGCGCCGCCGUAAACCAUGACACGCAUCUUUUGCGGUGCCUCAUGAAAGUUUUAGGACAAGGGCCGUGGAUUGCGGCAUUCCCACGCGAUGGAAUUCCUCCGUCUGAAUGGGUACCUGGUUGGCGUGGCGUGGCUCAUUAUAGAACGCACAUUCUCCCUUUUGCUGCCAAACUCACUAAACCCUUCGAUGGCGACAAGAUCUUGGAGGAGUUGUUGAAAGCCAAUGUUUCUGCAAAAGACUGGUGUCUUGAUGACACGGAGGAUUUGCCGUCACUGUCAGAAGAAACGUUGAAUUGCUUGUUCGCCGCCGGGCUUGACCCGAACCAACCGCGCCUUCUGUUUCACGCGGUGGCAAACGACAUGUUGGCGCAUGCCCAGGCUGUCUGCGACGCAAAGGUAGACUUGAAAGCAAUGCUUAAUUUGGAUACACGAAACUUAUAUGGUAGCAGGACUGCGAUACAAGUCGCUGUUGAAUGGGGGAGCCCUGAGAUGCUUCAACUGCUACUACAUUACGGCGCUGAUGUGAACGACCCUGCUGGGUAUUACUGCGGAGCAACUUGUCUCCAGCUCGCUGCUGGACAAGGAAAUAUUGGCAUUGUCCGCUUUCUUCUUAACAAGGGUGCCAAGGUCAAUGCAAAACGGUCGCUCUGCUUUGGGAGAACCGCGAUUGAAAUUGCCGCUGAAAAUGGCAAAUUGGAUGUGUUACAAUUGUUGUUAAUGCAGGAGGAGCAUCACUUCCGAACAGAGGCAGAGCGGUACCAAUUCAUUCGCGCGGCCAAGAUGGCGGAGCAGAGAGGGCAUCCAUGUUUGAUCAAGAUGCUCCAGCAGCAUAUCAACUGGACCAGCGGUGACCAGAAACUGUUUGACGAGAUGACGGGUUGUCGAUCGUUCGAAGUGUGUCUUGAUGAUAUGACACAAAAGGUAUCUGAGAGCGAGAAACGCGACAAAUUCUUCUGGGCAGACAUUCAAGAUUCCUGGAGUGAAGCCGAGUUGCCAGACAUCUACGACACAGAGGGCAUCGAGCAGUGGAUCGGCGAGCUACCUGAUGAACAGGUCAACGACUAUUUCGAUUCUGAUUCUGAGAUCGACUUCAGCUGUGAAGAAGAAGAAGAAGGCAGCGCACAUUCGAGCGAAUCGCUUGCAACGGCUAGACCACAGCCCGCACAAUAUGACGAGUCUGAAUGGGACUGCGAUCAUCACGCGACAUGCUGGCCAAUGCACGACAACAUCAACGAUUUGAUGGAAGAUGUACUUUUAGAAGGGCCGCAUGGUGAUCGCGCAAGCCAAGAACCAGGCACUCCAUUGCGGGCGUUGUCGUGCAACCAAGAGUGGCGCCAAGUAGAGGCAACUCUGGCUCCUCUGGCUACUCGACAUGACCACACGGUUCCCACAUGGCUUCAUAUGGAAGAGAACGUGCACACCUCGGCUGAUAAAGCGAUGCUGGAAGACUCAGAACAGCGACCAGCACCAUCAAAUUUGGACCACAGCUGUGGCAGGGCGUUUGGCGAGGUCCAGCAAUUGCAGAAUGGUGACCUAGGCGAUGAAGUCGUUUGCCCCGUUAACACAGAACCAGUCGAUGGCGACUGGCAGGAUUUCAUCGACUGGGGGCUUUUGGACGAGCAGUGA